AUGUUAAACUGGAGGGUAUUUUUCUGCAUAAUACUCAUCAUAACAUUUUUGUACGAAGCCCAGCCAGCACGUCUACCAUUCCUCCGACCGGCGCACAUCGGAAAUACAAAUGAGGUAGCGGAGGAAGGCAUAGAAAUGCGAAUCCCAUCUGAGUUGAUCCGUGCUCGAGUGAGGGAAGGUGUGCCGCCACCACUCUGCGCCGGACACUGUGCGUCGCCCCCCGCAGGGCCUGUGUGCGCCUUCGAUGCGACCGGGACUGCUAGAACCUUUGCUACGUUGUGCGAGCUUGAAGCUGUGUCGUGCCGUGAAAGCACUUAUUACGCUAUAACAAGCCUCGGAGAGUGU